UGCCGCAUGCGGCAAAAUGUUGCCCACUACCAUCAUCGUCAGAUCCCAAUUCUCAUCAUUCUUUGUUGUGAUUUUGUCACUUAAUAUCUCGAAGAACCCGGGGGCCUAUUCCAAAUGACUGGUAACAUGAGUUUUCCAGGUCCUAACUCAUCAGCACACUAUGUAAACUCAAGAUAAUGAAGAUGCCGCAUCCAAGAUGUGUUGAGCCCGAAACUGGUAUCAGGACUAGGUAACCGUAUGGAUCCUGCUUAUUUUUGGGUAUUCUCAUUACAACCUCGCAGCUCGCAAACCGACAAUCGUCGUAAUGACUCACAUAGAGGGUGACAAUGAACUUCCCGAGUACACCUCACGAGCCAGCAGCAGCGUGGCUCCACUGGGCGCCUUAACCCCUGGUUCCGAACACACUGUAUCGCUUGAAGACAGCAAGGGACACAAAUGGCUUCUCCUUUCAGUGAAAAGUCGCGCUCCUGUGCCAGAGUCUUUGCCAGCAUUCUGUGCGGGUGAUCUUAUCUCAGGGAGCGUAACUUUAGACAUUUUGAAGUCGGAAUCACCCAAGGCUAUUGUAGUAACAGUGACGGCUGCGACUACCUUAAUUGGACAGGAAGGACAAGAUUUUCUUGUCAUCGAGAAAGUAUUGUGGAAUCCAGCGACGGCCCUUCCUGAUGGACCCGUAGUGCCCAGACUCGAGAAAGGCCAUUACGCAUGGCCUUUAGAAAUAGCACUCCCAAACGAGACGGAAGUUCUGGAUUGUAAAAAGAAGAAGAUCUUUCCCCUUCCGCCUUCCUUCACAGAGCGAGCCAGUCCCGCUUACAUUAAUUACAAGAUUACUGUCAUCGUUAAGCGGGGCGCAUUCAGGGUGAAUCAAACUUUAGCCACGGAUUUUGGAUAUGUCCCAAUUACGAAACCGGAACUCCCAUCUCUUAUGAUGCAGAAAGCAUGCAAAGAAAACAUUCCAUUUGUUGGUCCUGAAGGUGAUCCGGAGGGCUGGUACAUUCUUCCAUCAGUCACUAUUACAGGCACUCUUUUUGGUUCCAAGAGGGGGGAUGUCGAUUUUAACCUAGCGCUAGCCAAACCACUCAAUUAUGCCCGUGGUUCUGCGAUGCCGCUAUGGCUAACUUUCACAAGCACAGACGAGCAAGCUCUCGAUUUACUCGCCAAUAACCAAGCCGUCCGUAUUUUCCUGCAGCGAUCACUGGCUACAGGCUCGGACGCAACAAGUGAUUAUGCCGGGAAGCACACAGACAACUUCUUCGUUAGCACAAUAGCACGUGCUGUUUUCUGGCCAGCAACAGACGCGAGUACCACGGGCAAGCGGGUUCUCCAAGGUGAAGUGAACUUAAAAAAGACAUUCAAACAGAGUGUCAUCUUCCCCCGAUUUUCUGUGAGGUACCAUCUAGAAGUUCAUCCUUUCGAAGCAGUUGGCUUCGUACAUGCACCGCAUGUCACCGGCCCACUGCUGACACAACCAGUUGGUGUGACAUCUCUGCACGCAACUGGCAUUGUGAUGCGCUCCCUUGCACCACCCGAGUAUGCAAAGGAAAUUGAAAAUUUCGACAACUCCGUAGGUUUACUGGAGAAUGGAAACCAGCGCUUCUACCAUCACGGAGGGCUCGGAGUAUCCUAAUACGUAAUGGGGAGGUGGGAAUUGCUAUCGAAUCCUGUGUUGCAACUUGGGUAUGUAUGUAUAUGUAUCUCCUGGUAUUUGAAUAGGUGUUGUACCUUAAAUGUAAAGUGAUUAUAUAUCACUCUCCAAGACCCAUGAGGAGCAAGGUCUCAAAAGUCUCAUCACUCUUCUUGUCACACGUCCCCCCUGCGCCAACGCCUCCAAG